UUCUGCGCACCGCUCGGGUUCGCGGCCCGCGACGCCGCCGGAGGAGGAGUCUGGGGGCGCGGAAGACUGUUUGGAACGCCGGGGGCCGCGGAGAUCGUCGGCGCAGUCUAGUCCCUCUCCUGCAGGAGCCGGCCGUUUCUGCUGCUCGGUUCCGGGCUGGGCGCGGUGGCGUUGCCUCGGAGCCUGCCGCCCGCGGGGCGCGCACCGCCUUGACCCCGGCGGCCCCGCGGCAGGCAGGCGCCCGCAGUUCCAUGGUUGGUUCGGAGCGCGAUGAGCCGCCCGUCCUCCACCGGCCCCAGCGCUAACAAACCCUGCAGCAAGCAGCCGCCGCCGCAGCCUCAGCACGCUCCGUCCCCGGCUGCGCCCCCGGCCGCCGCCACCAUCUCGGCUGCGGGCCCCGGCUCGUCCGCGGUGCCCGCCGCGGCGGCGGUGAUCUCGGGCCCCGGCGGCGGUGGCGGGGCUGGCCCGGUGUCCCCGCAGCACCACGAGCUGACCUCGCUCUUCGAGUGCCCGGUCUGCUUUGACUAUGUCCUGCCCCCCAUCCUGCAGUGCCAGGCCGGGCACCUGGUGUGUAACCAAUGCCGCCAGAAGUUGAGCUGCUGCCCGACGUGCAGGGGCGCCCUGACGCCCAGCAUCAGGAACCUGGCUAUGGAGAAGGUGGCCUCGGCAGUCCUGUUUCCCUGCAAGUAUGCCACCACGGGCUGUUCCCUGACCCUGCACCACACGGAGAAGCCAGAACACGAAGACAUCUGUGAAUACCGUCCCUACUCCUGCCCUUGUCCCGGUGCUUCCUGCAAGUGGCAGGGGUCCUUGGAAGCCGUGAUGUCCCAUCUCAUGCACGCCCACAAAAGCAUUACCACCCUCCAGGGAGAAGACAUCGUCUUUCUAGCCACAGACAUUAACCUGCCGGGGGCUGUCGACUGGGUGAUGAUGCAGUCGUGCUUUGGCCAUCACUUCAUGCUGGUGCUGGAGAAACAAGAGAAGUACGAGGGCCACCAGCAGUUCUUCGCCAUCGUGCUGCUCAUUGGCACCCGCAAGCAAGCCGAGAACUUUGCCUACAGACUGGAGUUGAACGGGAACCGGCGGAGACUGACCUGGGAGGCCACGCCCCGGUCCAUCCACGACGGGGUGGCCGCGGCCAUCAUGAACAGCGACUGCCUUGUUUUUGACACAGCCAUAGCGCAUCUGUUUGCAGAUAAUGGCAACCUUGGAAUCAACGUGACCAUUUCUACAUGUUGUCCAUGAGGCACCGAGGUUAUUUGGGCGCAGUGCUCUGUGGUUAAUAAAGGUUUUUAUAGAUGUUUUA